CAUUGGUUUCCCUAAGUUGUGAAUAAUUGUAUCAUGGAAAACGAAGCUUACGGUUUGACAGACUCCUUCGUGGCCAGACUCACUACAGACCCUACCUUACGCUUGGAACUGCUUUCUCGUAAUCAAAAUGGCUUCCGCCAUGACCAAGACUCAGGGAUGGGGGCAGAGGUAAGAAAGACUGACUACAGCAUAGCUUUAAGAUGAGGAGAGGAUUUAAUAUUGCUUUUCUGGGACUAAGUGGUGGGUCUGCUGGGGCAGGAAGGGUGUCGUAAAAGUCAUUCUCGAUCACCAAAAUUGAUGCUGAGAUCGCAGCUUUCAUUUACUACGACAUAAAAAUUGGAGAAAACUGACACCACAUGAUCUAGAAAAAUUUCAUAACACAAGCUUACUCAAAAUUGAUUUCCUGUAUGACAAAAAGAUACUUCAGAGAAUUACAAAAUAAACUCACGAAGAUCGUUGUUGUUUUCGCUGUCAUGGCUGACCCAUAUGGGUGUUUUGCGAUAUCUUUACAGAUAGAAUAUUAUCCAAUUUUUUUGUACUGAAAAAAAUAAACAGCUCAGCUUUAUGAGGCAUCAAAUCGAGCAUUCUAAGCGAGUAAAAUGAUUCUAUAUCAUAUAUUAAAGUUCACACUUUAAUAUAUGAUAUGGCUCGCCUUAGGAGCUAGCCAUACAAUAAAAAUUUUUACAAAUUGUCGUAUUUUGUUUCAUUUCUCCAGAUUGCCAUGUCAAACAACACUGCUACCGACACGUUUUUAGAUGGUUCCCCUUCGGCCAAAGUGUUCCCAACGAAUUCGCAAGCUUCAACUUUUCUUGUAUUGUCUGCACUGAACAUAAGACCUUGGAAUGUUGAGUCUUUAGAGUCCACGAACAACAGUCCUCUUGCACUGGAGCAAGGAGUAGCCAGAGCAAUGGUCCAAAUAAACAGGGGAAGACGGGAAAGAGAACAGCGUGAACUGGAGCGGGAACAACUUCAAACGAACCAGGACAGAGAAUCGCAAGAGGCAGAAGAAUAAG